AUGGACUCUGAUUACGAACAGUUAGAGACAGUCGGAGAUAGAUUAAUACCAGUGAACGAUGAUAAAGAUAACUUGAAAUCAGAGACCAAUAGCAAACUUUGGACAAGACAAGAGCGUUGGAUGUGGUCACUGGCUUUAUUUCUGCUGAGUGUGUUUAAUUAUUGUUGUCGUAAUGCAGCACCAUUAUCUGCUAUAUCAAUGGAGCAAGAACUAGACUGGAAUAAAGAGCAAACAGGUUUGGUUCUGUCAAGUUUUUUCUGGGGUUACACAGCCACACAGAUUCCUGCUGGAUAUUGUAGUGAUUUAUACGGUGGAAGUCAAGUAAUAACCAUGGCAGCUAUUGGAUGGGGUACAAUUACAAUGUCAUUACCAGGCUUUAUCUAUCUAUUCCCAAAUAAAUCAUCACAGUUAUUAAUGGUAGUUGUGCAUAGGAUAGUAUUUGGUGCAUUACAAGCACUUCAUUACCCAGCUUCUAUUAGCUUAUUAAGUACACGCGUUGAUCCAUUGAAUAAAUCUAAGGUAUAUUCUAUGGUUUCAUCAGGAAGUUCAACGGGUGUACUUGUAUCUGGUCUCAUUGGUUCCUAUCUACUCAGUAAAUAUAAUUGGCAUAUAGUAUUUUAUUUCUUUGGAUUCUGUUCUGUUACACUGGCAGUGUUCAUCAGAAAAACUUUAAUGAAAAAACAUGCAGCUGUGCAGAUAGAAAUAGUAAAAAAAGGAAAGGAAAAGAAAAGAAAAGCGGUACCGUGGAGAUUAUGGUUUAAAAGUAAAGCUUUUUGUUAG